AUGGAAACAUCACAACAAGAAACUCCAAGCAGGAAAAACAUUCAAACUUUGAAGCGAAAAAAACAAAGUUUCAAUGCCAAGCAACCGAUAAUAAACACAGAAAACAAUCUUCUGCCAGCACAACAACCAGCCCAAGACAUUUAUCAGCAACCAUCACAGCCUCAAACCACACACAACUUUAUAAGCAGCAAAAUUUUUACAAAUUCACAGCAAUUUACACAAUAUCAACAGCAAUUUCAGCACCAGCAACUUCUGCAGCUUCAACCACAGCAGCAACAGCAACUUCCGCAACAGCAAUUUCAGCACCAGCAACUUCUGCAGCUUCAACCACAUCAGCAACAGCUACUUCCGCAACAAAAAUUUCAGCACCAGCAACUUCUGCAGCUUCAACCACAGCAGCAACAGCAACUUUUGCAACGACAAUUUCCGCAACAGCACUUUCAGCAGCAUCAGCAACAUCAAUUUCAGCAGCCUCAGCGACAGCAAUUUCUGCAGCAAUAUCUGCAGCUUCAGCAACAACAAUUUCAGCAGCUUCAGCAACCAACCCACAACAUGUACCAGCAACAAUCACUGCAAAACAUAUAUUCACAGCCAAAACAAUACCAGCCAACACAGCAAUUCCCACAGCCGCUUCAGCAACCAACACAAAACAUGUAUCAGCAACAAUCACUGCAAAACAUAUUUUCACAGCCACAACAAUACCAACAGCAGCCUCAGCAACCAACACAUCAGCAACAGUCACAGCAAAACAUAUAUUCACAGUCACAACAAUACCAACAGCUUCAGCAACAGCAGCUUCCGCAACAGCAGUUUCAGAAACAGCAACUUUUGCAACACACAUACAACAUACCUCAUACUAACCAACAACAGAGCAACAACAUUAACAAUAGCAUGAACUACUACAUCAACAACUACAACAGCAGCUAUGGCUACGAUUUCAACAGAACUGACAACAUCUACAACAAUUUCAAAUAUUGA